AUGACCGUACCAGCAAGCCUGGGUGAUAGUGGCGGUGGCCUAAUGGCUCAUCUGGACGAUGGCCGUUGGGUUCUGCUUGGUGUAAUUUCAUUUGGUACCGACUGCUCGAAGCUGCUCAGAAGAAAUGUUGUCGCCAGGGCGCAGACUUACACGAAUGUUGCAUUGUACGGAGCCGAUAUUGCCCACUUCACUGGUUUUUUUCUACCACCAGUGUAUCUUUAA